ACCCACCAAUCUAUCAUAUAAACCAUAAAACCAAUAGGUCAAUACAUCACAAACUCAACAGUCCACACGCUCAAUCAAUCUUACUGGUGAAGACUACAUGUUAUUGUACACCACACCACACCAUACCAUAACAGUUAGAACUAAAAAUUUAAAGAGCUCUCUGCUUCCACAGUCAGCAUCCUCAGCCAGACCCUUUGAGCUGCUGACAAGCUUUCAUGGCCAAACCAGUUUCAAUUGAAGUGUGGAACCCACGUGGGAAAUACAGAGUUGUCAGCACAAAACCCAUGCCCGGAACUCGCUGGAUCAAUCUCUUAAUUGAACAAGACUGCAGAGUUGAAAUAUGUACCCAGAAGAAAACAAUUCUGUCUGUUGAGGAUAUCAUUGCUCUGAUUGGGGAUAAGUGUGAUGGAGUUAUUGGACAGCUGACAGAAGAUUGGGGAGAGACUUUGUUCUCAGCACUUAGCAGAGCUGGAGGCAAAGCUUUCAGUAACAUGGCUGUUGGCUACAACAAUGUUGAUGUUAAUGCUGCUAACAAGUAUGGAGUUGCUGUUGGAAACACUCCUGGAGUACUUACAGAAACUACGGCGGAGCUGGCAGCUUCACUUUCUGUAUCAGCUGCUAGAAGAAUAGUUGAAGCAGAUGAAUUUAUGAGGGCUGGCUUAUAUGAUGGAUGGCUUCCUAACCUGUUUGUGGGAAACUUACUCAAAGGACAGACUGUUGGAGUGAUUGGAGCUGGUCGUAUAGGUUCUGCAUAUGCCAGAAUGAUGGUUGAAGGUUUCAAAAUGAACCUAAUUUACUAUGAUCUGUACCAGGCUACACGGCUAGAAAAGUUUGUUACAGCUUAUGCCGAGUUCCUUAAAGCCAAUGGUGAACAGCCUGUGACUUGGAAAAGAGCAGCAAGCAUGGAUGAGGUGCUUCGAGAAGCAGAUGUGAUAAGCCUUCACCCAAUUCUGGAUAAAACCACUUACCAUCUAGUCAACAAAGAAAGACUGGCAAUCAUGAAGAAGGAAGCAGUACUUGUAAACUGUAGCAGAGGGCCUGUGAUUGAUGAAGUGGCUCUUGUAGAGCAUUUGAAACAAAAUCCCAUGUUUCGAGUUGGUCUGGAUGUCUUUGAGGAUGAGCCUUACAUGAAACCCGGGCUUGCUGACUUAAAGAAUGCUAUUGUGGUACCUCACAUUGCUUCUGCUUCCAAGUGGACUCGUGAAGGAAUGGCAACACUGGCUGCUCUCAAUGUCCUGGGAAAAAUUAAAGGAUAUCCAAUUUGGUCAGAUCCAAACCAGGUAGAACCAUUCCUCAAUGAGAAUGUUCCACCACCGGCCGCCAGUCCUAGCAUUGUUAAUGCCAAAGCCUUAGGUUUACCAGUUUCGAGGCUGUGAGCAUCGGUGUAAAGGGUUAUAUUCAGGGCUUUCCUGGUGCAAAUGGAGUAAUUUUACUGAUGGGAAAUCCAGGCUCUAGCUACUGAGAGUGCAGUUCUUAAAAUUACUAAUGUAUGUUUUAUAAGGAUCAAUGUGGACAAACAUGUAUAUCUACAAUGUUGUCUUAUAAAAUACUGGCCUCAGAAUCAGAAUCCUGUCAUAUAUGAGAAGGUAUAUAUAAUUGUUUUCAUCUAUAA